CACAAAUCAUAAGCUAGCAUAUAUCGCUUUUUAAAAUUUAUUAUUAUUAAUUUUCAUUUCGUUUGGUUCGUUACAGUUAACUGUUAAUCACACAUUUUUCACAUUUCGCACUCUUUCCCGGAGAUUGGGAACCUGGGAAGCUCACAGCGGUUGAAGAAGGAAGGAGAAAAUCCAAGGAAUAGGAAAUGGCGAAAUCGAGCGCGGACGACGCGGAGCUAAGGCGAGCUUGCCAGGCCGCCAUCGAAGACACCAAGCAGAAGGUCGUGAUGUCGAUUCGCGUCGUUAAAAGCCAUGGGAUGUGGGGAAAAACUAGUGUUAGUAGUGUUACUAGCAAAUUGGGACCAAUGGCAAUGGGGCGCCAAAACAUGGCUAAACCCAGAAUCAUUGCUAUCUCCACUAAAGCAAAAGGUCAGCGGACUAAAGCUUUUCUGCGGGUCUUGAAGUAUUCUACUGGAGGCGUUAUUGAGGCUGCUGAGUUAUACAAACUGAAGCAUCUUUCGAAGGUGGAGGUUCAGUCUAAUGAUCCUAGUGGAUGUACUUUUACAUUGGGAUUUGAUAACCUUAGAAGUCAAAGUGUUACUCCACCUCAGUGGACUAUGCGCAACAGUGACGACAGGAACCGCCUGUUAUUAUGUAUCUUAAACAUUUGCAGAGAUGUACUUGGUCGUAUACCGAAAAUUGUUGGUAUAGAUGUCGUGGAAAUGGCCCUUUGGGCUAAGGAACAUACACCCUCGGUUACUACUCAAAAGAAUCAGCAAAAUGGUCCAGUUCCAAGUACGGUAAUAGAAGGUGACUUGGAUGUGACUGUUGAAAAGGAACUUGUCUCUCAAGCAGAGGAAGAGGACAUGGAGGCUCUUUUGGGCACUUAUGUCAUGGGCGUUUGUGAAGCAGAAGCAUUUUCUGAGCGGUUGAAGCGAGAGCUUCUUGCUCUGGAAGCCGCAAAUGUGCACGCUAUUUUGGAAACUGAACCUCUAGUAGAUGAGGUACUGCAAGGGCUUGAGGUAGCAACAAAUUGUGUUGAUGACAUGGAUGAAUGGUUAGGCAUCUUCAAUGUUAAAUUACGACAUAUGAGAGAAGAUAUUCAGUCGAUAGAAACCCGCAACAACAAGUUAGAGGUACAGUCUGUAAAUAAUAAAGCACUCAUUGCAGAACUUGAUAAGCUUGUUGAACGAUUUCAUUUCCCUUCUGAGUAUGCAUCAUGUCUGACAGGAAGCCAGUUUGAUGAGGCUAGCGUGCCUCAAUAUGUUGAAGCAUGUGAAUGGUUAACUAAUGCUUUACAUGGCCUUGAAGUACCUAAUUUGGAUUCUACUUUUGCAAACAUACGAGCUGUUAGAGAGAAGCGGGCAGAACUUGGAAUACUAAAAGCUACUUUUGUCCGUAAAGCUUCUGAGUUCUUGAGAAUCUGCUUUGCCACUUUGGUGGAUUUUAUGAUUAAUGACAAAAACUAUUUUUCUCAGCGGGGACAGUUGAAGAAGCCUGAUCAUGCAGACUUGCGGUAUAAGUGCAGGACGUAUGCCCGCCUUCUGCAACAUUUAAAGAUUCUUGAUGGUAACUGCUUGGGUCCUUUGAGGAAAGCUUAUUGUAGCUCCCUGAACUCACUUCUGCGCCGAGAGGCUCAUGAAUUUGCCAAUGAGCUUCGUGCUAGUACAAAAGUAUCAAAAACUCCAAAUACUUGGCUGGAAACUUUCACAAGUGGCAAUCAAAGUGCGAAUAAUGCAGACACUUCUGCAGUUUCUGAUGCUUAUGCCAAAAUGCUGACAAUUUUUGUUCCACUACUUGUAGAUGAGAGUUCUUUCUUUGCACAUUUCAUGUGCUUUGAUGUUCCUGGGCUUGCUCCCCCAAGAGAUGAGAGUGGAUCAUAUGAUGCUGAUGAUGCUGAUGAUGAUGAUGAUGAUGAUGAUGAGGAUGCGGAUGAUGAUGAUGAUGAUGAUGAUAAUGAUGAUACCAAUAAUGUCGAUCAGGGAAGUAGGCCCGUUCAUGACAAUGAUAGCAAAGCUGGUAAAAAUUCUCCAGAUUUGCUAGCAUUAAAUGAAGCACUACAGGAUUUGCUUGAUGGAAUUCAAGAAGACUUUUAUGUUCUAGUUGAUUGGGCUUACAAGAUUGACCCUUUGCGUUGCAUAUCCUUGCAUGGGGUAACAGAGCGCUAUCUAUCUGGCCAGAAAUCUGAUGCAGCAAGAUUCAUGCGUGUCCUCCUUGGUGACCUGGAAUCAAAAAUUUCAAUGCAGUUCAGCCGGUUUGUUGAUGAGGCGUGUCAUCAAAUUGAAAGAAGUGAGCGUAACGCACGACAGACAGGGGUCUUACCAUACAUCCCUCGCUUUGCAACUCUAGCCACUCGCAUGGAACAGUACAUCCAGGGACAAUCUAGGGACUUGGUUGAUCUAGCAUACACCAAAUUUGUUAGCAUUAUGUUUGUGACUCUCGAAAGACUUUCACAAGUUGAACCAAAAUAUGCUGAAAUAUUUCUUUUAGAAAAUUAUGCCGCUUUUCAGAAUAGCUUAUAUGACCUGGCCAAUGUUGUGCCCACUUUAGCCAAAUUUUAUCACCAAGCAAGUGAAGCAUAUGAACAAGCAUGUCAACGUCAUCUCAGCAUGAUAAUAUACUUUCAAUUUGAACGACUUUUCCAGUUUGCUAAAAAGAUUGAGGAUUUAAUGUUUACUAUUUCACCUGAAGAGAUUCCUUUCCAGCUUGGAUUGUCUAAAAUGGAUCUCCGGAAGACAUUAAAAUCCAGUUUAACUGGGGUUGACAAGUCUAUUGCUGCAAUGUAUAAGAAGUUGCAGAAGAACUUAACAUGUGAGGAGCUUUUACCCUCUUUGUGGGACAAGUGCAAGAAGGAGUUUCUGGACAAAUAUGAUAGCUUUGCCCAACUUUGUGCUAAAAUUUACCCUACGGAAACAAUCCCGUCAGUGACUGAAAUGAGAGAUCUUCUUGCUUCAAUGUAAAGGGAGAGAAUUUUGCUCUGUAUAAUCUUCUUUUUCUUUUUGGUUCUAUUUGGAGUAAGAGCUGUAAUUGUUUCAUGUUGUUACUGUUAUAGACAAUUUCUUCCUAUGUUUCAGUUUAUUGGAAUUUAUCCAUUCAAUUCAUUCUUUGCCGGAUAGAAGUUACUGUUGUACCAUUGUGAAUGUAAAAUGUUGUUUGCCAGUCUGCUUUAACUUA